UAUUUUUUAAGCAGAUUUUUAGCUAAAAAUUGAAUGGGGAACUUAUCCCACGAUUGUGACAAGACGAAAAAUAUCUGUCUUUCUUAGAAAUAUCUGUCAAAUAUCUAACACAAGUUAGGGAUACUAACUGAGUAGAAUUUUCGAGUUUUUUGGUUAAUGCAGGGGACCGGGCACUAGCACCUUGCGCCGAAUUACACGAAGUACUAGGUAUAUGAAUUGCUACUUACACGAAGAGGUGAUCCAAUUGUUACAUCAAAGAUGGUGGACGAGGCAACAAAGAAAACAGUAGCAUCUAUUCCUACCUUAAAAACCAAAGCUGGUCCUCGUGAUGGCGAUCCAUGGGUUCAGAGGUUAAAAGAGGAAUAUAUGAGCUUAAUUAAGGUAUAUUAUGUUGAAUUGUGACCUCAAUUGUAGCCAAUGGAAUACUGGGCCUUCUAAGAAGAGUCAUGGGUGACUGCUCUACAGAUGUGAAAUCGGAAGCCUUUGUUACCCUUGUCCACCCGCCGUCAGAAUAUGCCCGUUCUGCAUAGAACUUUUAUACUAAACGUAAUACUAACACGAUUGAAAUGGUUCAACAUAGGGCAGCUAGAUUUGUCUAACAUGGUUAUUCUAGAUUAAGUCAUGUUACUCCUAUGAUUAAUCAACUCGGGGGGGGGGGACCCUAGAACAACGUAGAUAACUGUCUCGAUUAACCAUGUUCUACAAGAUCUAGCAAGAUCUAAGGGGCAUCCCACUUCCUCCUCGGGUUUUUAAUCUAGACAGGGCAUCUCGGCUCCCAAAUUGUACCCGUGUAUAAAGUAUUGUAUCCAUGCAACUGUAAUGUCUACAAAUUUUCUUUUUAUCCAAGGUCUACUUUAGUGUGAAACCAACUAUUCCUAUGUACUUUAUCACUGCAGAGUAUCUCUGUUUUUAGAUCAGAAAAUUUUCCCACCAUUAGAUAUUUGGCAUAAUGUUACUUAAAGUAUGUGCUCUUUAUUUCCUUGGUUAUUUCUAUUUUUUCAUUCAUCAUUUACUUAUUUAUUUACUUUUUGUUACUCAAUCAUUUACUAUUUAAGGUUUUGCUAACCAGAUGGUUAAUUUAAUUAUAUACAUGUAAACUAAUUUUUGAUUUAAAUUUAGUAUUAACAUAAGAAUUUCGUCCUAUUACAAAUUAGGUUAGAUUGUUCUUAAAUUCAAUUGGAUUUUAUUAUCGUAAAUAUAGAUUUUAGAUUAAACUUAUACCUCCUACUUUAGUUUUUACUGUUUUAGGAGCACCUCUAUUAAAGAUAAAAUAUUAAAAUUAUUUGUAGCAAGUUUGAAAAAAGUUGUCUGGGAAAAACUCAAACUGAAAAUAUUUUUCAUUCUAUGUUCACAUACAUGUAAUUCUGAGAAAAAAGGCAGAAGUAAACUUUAAUUAUCAUUUUAUUUUUUGUCAUUGUUUCAGUAUGUAAGUAACAACAAAGAAGCAGACAAUGACUGGUUCAGGCUGGAAUCAAAUAAAGAGGGGACAAGGUAUUUGUUUGUGGUUUGGUGGCCAUAAUCAUUCUUCCGUUGAUUAAAUUUGAUUUUUCCCAUGUACCCACAACUGCAUAUUUUUGUUAGUUUUUUGGAAAAAUCAUGGUUUGUAAUUUGUACAGCCUUUUUAGUUUCUUUCAGUCAAAGAGCUCAUGACUUGACUUUGAUUUAUGUUCACUUGAUAGAUGGUUUGGUAAAUGCUGGUAUGUCCACAACCUUUUGAAGUAUGAAUUUGACAUAGAAUUUGAUGUAAGUUAAAGCCAAUAAAUUAUAGCUCCAGUUCUUUCUUCAUCAAAAAAGCAUCUCCACUGCUAAUUAACCUCUCUUAUUGAGAUAAUGAUACAACAUACUCUAAUGCUUUUUCUUUAACAAAAAUGAAUGAAUUUCUGCUAUUCUGCCACACACUCUUAUUCCUCCCCUUCAUCCAAAACUGGCAUAAUUAUAAAACUUGGAGAUAUUGCUGCUAAAAUCACCUCCUCGCUGAGGAAGCAGACAUGAGGCCCCUCAUUUAGUGGGUCCAUCUGAUUGGAAAGUUUCAUGUGAUUCAAGUAUAUUCCUUGCCUGAAUUUGACCAACACAUUUCUUGAUAAGGUUUGCCUUUGAAAGCUGGUAGGUGUUCAGGCCAUUAUUUUGAUAUUUUUCAUCUGAAGAAACCUUUUAUUUUUUAAAUCUGAGGCUUAUUUUAGUCAUUCUCUUAUCAUAGUUUUCUGAUUUUAUGGAACAAGGAAAAAGCUAUGACUCUGUACAUGAAGUACCAUGCAAAAACUAUCAACUGUUGUUAACAGCAAACCUGAAAGAUAGAAUAUAAUUAAUUUGAGCUGAUUUUAAAAUCAAUAUGAUAUGAAUAAAAAUUUCAGGCAUUUAUGUGCCAGAAUACUGGAAAUCACAUCUCAGAGAGUUUCAAAUUUCAAUUUUUUUGUGAGGGAGCAUGCUCUCAGACCUCCCAAGGAGGACUUGGUACUGUAUAUGCAGGCAUAGUUCAGUUCAGAUCCAACACCUUUUACAUUUUCUAAUUUCUAACAACAGCCUUGUUGAUGACUUUUAAUAGUGUGAUAAAGCCUGUUUGAUAAAUGAUAUUGCUGGUUCCUUUACCAGAUACCAAUCACUUAUCCUACAACUGCACCAGAGAUUGCUCUUCCUGAACUUGAUGGCAAAACUGCUAAAAUGUACAGGUAAAAUGUAGAUUUUCUCAUUUCUAUACUUCCUAAAGAUAAAUUAAACCACUCUUAUCUCAAUAACACUUGUCUAUACAUAAUGAAUUUUAUGUUACAGGGGAGGAAAAAUUUGUAUGACAGAUCACUUUAAACCUCUCUGGGGAAGAAAUGUUCCUAAAUUUGGAAUAGCACAUGCCAUGGCUCUUGGGGUAUGUACCUUAGACUAAAGCAAAGGCAUCCAAUUAUAUACAUAAAGGUUUAGCAUUAAAACCAACCUCUUACUACCCCACCAGCUUAAUUAUGGUGUUUCACCAUGUAGCCUUCUUCAGGUAAAACUUAUGGUAGUACUGGAAACUAAAGAAGUUAAAACCGUAGUGCAGUUUUUACUUUUAUUUCCUCCUGAAGAAAGCUAGGGGCUGAAACCUGGUAAUUCAUCAGCUGGAAUUGUUGUUAGAAGUUUUUUUCUAUGCUACAUGUUCAUACACUCAUCAAUUAAUCCACAUAGAGACACUGUAUCUAGUCUAGAUCCUUCUACUAGGAGUCAUUUGUUUGGUCCACCAUCAUUGUACUUCCUAUACACGCCUGUUCUCUAAAAUGUUGUGAAUCCAGAAGUAUAAAUGAUAGAUAUAUGCAUUUUGUUUUUUCAUGAAAAGGUGAUGCAGGAGGUACAUGCAUUUCUUUCUCAGAUAACAACAUCACUUAAGCCUCUAAAAGUAACAAACCAGUGUGAACUUCAGACAUGGUUUGAUGCUACUCUGGUUUACAGAUUUAAUGAAAGUAACCAAAGAAGUUACAAUUCAUAGACCCAAUGUUUCAACUCUCCUGUCUAGUGCCUUCAUCAGGGGUGAUCUAAACGCUGCAACAAGAGGUCCUUUUAUAUGAUCACUAAUUAUGUAUUAGUGUAUUUCCAGUACUACCAUAAGUUUUACCUGAAGAAGGCAACAUGGUGAAACAUAAUUAAGCUGGUGGGGUAGUAAGAGGUUGGUUUUAAUUAGUGUGAACUUUAUACAAACAAUCUACAAAACUACACAAAAAAAUAAAUUUUAAAGCAGCUAUUGUUAUUUCCUUUGGUCAAAGUUUCCCUAUAAUUUUUUCUCUCAACACCUUCUUCUAUAGACUGCAGGUAUAUAUUAAUAUAUCACAUUUAUUUUCAAAUUCCAACAUUUUUAGAGCAAGUGUUUGCAGAGGAUUGAUGCUGUGUUUUUAGGCCAACAAGGAAGACUGCUUGUAUAACUUUACUUGUUUUUUAUUUUUCCAGCUUGGACCAUGGCUUGCUGUAGAAAUCCCAGAUCUGAUAGAGAAAGGAUUGAUUGAAUACAAAGAAAAGUCUGCUAGUAAAUAGACAGAAAAUAAAAAUAGUAAGGGAACCAAAUAAAUGCUAUAACUUCAGGGAGUUUUAUUUUUAAUGUGAACGAUGUUACUGAAUGUUUCCAGCUUUCUUUUUAUUUUUUUUCAACACAUCAUCGCAUUGCUUACUUUGUGGAAAGUUUUUGUAAAUGCCCAUCCCGCUUUCCCUUCGCCCUUACUUAUUCUGGAACUAAACUUGUUUUAUUACGCUAAGCGCCAGUGUCCUAACGAUCAGCAAGACUCGUUACCAGUUCUCUUGACAAGGGUUUGAGAAGGACGUAUAGUAUUUAAGGAUUUUCUGUUUUGUUUUACCCGGCAUACCUUCAAACCCUCACCAUGACGUUAUCUUUCCCCAGUCUUUUAUUGACUUUGAAUACCAACCAACGAUAAACUGUUGAAUUCCCUUUUCUGUUUUUCAUAAUUUUAGCCGAGACAGAAACGGACUUUGUUACAUGUAAUUUCGCGCAAUUUUAUGCCAGUUGAGUGGAAUUAAUUUUAGUCUCGGAAGUAAAGCUCUUCGGGUCAUUCGAGCGCGUGCAGCCUGUAUAGGAGAACAUGCUGACAAUCGAUGCAAACCCGUAGUGUUCAUUUCUUCGGUUGAUAAACAUUCAAACCCCAAAUUUGGAACGUUUAAUAGUCAUAAACACACUGAAACUUGCGAAAUUUCUACCGACCUCAUUAGCAAGCAUAGCAUAUCCGUUUAUAGCUACAGUGUGUUUUGUUCAGUCCUUAUGUCAAUUAACUUUCAUUCACUCUGACAUCUAAGUAAAACGUUCACUAACUCAGUUUGUACAAGCAUGUUGUUCUGUCAGGAAAAGCAAACAAAACAUGAGAACAGAAGGAAAGAGCAUUGAAAAUCAUGCGACUUUAGGAAAAGAUAGAAAGAUAUUCCAGUGUAAAAAUAAUUUUCGCUCGACUCGUCAGCUUUCAAACUCUUUACGGUGGCCAAUUUCCGUUAUCAACUCAAUCGAUAAUACUAAAUUACCCUGUUAUACUCUCCCACCGACGCAGCAUCACAGUUUCUUCAGAAAUUUAUCCCCUUUAUUAAGAAAUCUUUGGCUGUAAGGGAUUAAGUGUGGCAUUUAGAAGGCUUAGCUUUCAAAAAAUUUUUGACCUGAACUAAAAAUGUAUUUCGUAAUCUUUAAUUCUGUAGCAAAUCUUCCAAAGUCUUUCUGAUUUUGUUUUUGUCUUGAUAUUUCAGAUGAGUCCCAAGUUAAAACGAAACGAAAUAAAAAAAAGAGGUACGGCAUGAAUCCUCUUAGAAUAUAAACACUGUCUUAGGAUGUUCCCGAAGGUUGUCUUUGUGUUUUUGUUGAGCCGGCGCUUGAAACAGAGAAAUACAUUGCUGGUUACCCUAUGAACUUUUGCUUAUCAGUGCACUUGGCUUUCACGAGGUUUAGUAAGUGUUAAAAUAUUCCCUAAACCCUAUAUAAGUCCUCUUGUCCAUUGUGCUAUCUUUUAAGUGUCCUGAGUACUAAAUUUUCCCAUUUUGUUAACACAGAACCCUUAACCUGGGAAUUCAACUUGUUUUUAACAGCUAGGCAAUGGUCGUACUCUUUGACCAGAGCGUGCAUUGAAUGACUUCGUUAGAAUGAUCUGUCCGCUUCAUGUGGAAGUAAAUAAAUAUUACAUAAAAGUGCACUUUAACCCGUUUUAAGAGAGAUAAAAUUAUUUCAUGUUACACAGAAACUCCGGUUUAGAAAGGUAAAUUCAAUAGAAACAUGACACACGUAAGUUUGUUUCAAAAAAUGAAAUGUUAAUUGGUAAAUCUUUUCAUGUAGGGAUUACAGGGUCAGUGUCAAACGAAAUGUGCUCGCGAAAACUCACUUGAAUACCUUUUCUAAAAGCUUUCAUAUUCUUUAAUCUAGGUAAUAGCCAAAAAAUACCUUCUGAUUAGCGAAAUGUUAAUUAUUCGGCAAGUUGCAACAUUAAUUUUUCGCCUAGGGUCUAUAUAUACAUAUUGAUUUGUAAGAACAAAUUCUGUUCACUAGGAAGGUACGUG